GCCCCCGCCCCGCUCCGAGGCGGCCUCAGCCAGCCGUGAACCGGCUGCCGGACCCGAGGCCAACUGGGAGGCUGAGUCGGACGUAAAUAGGACGUCCCAGAGAGUGUCGCCUGCGGCGCUGAGAAGACGGUGUGGCUCGGGAGAGGGUGGAGACGACGACUGUGACGGGCUUCCCGGCUGCCCUAAGUGGGAGUGGUGUGGGCUGCAGGAAGGAGAGAGGAAGAGGAGCAGAAGGGGGCAAGCAGCGGCCUCCGCUAACGGCCUCCCUGGGCGCUGAGAGGCUGGGCCGGCUCCCGGCUCGCUCGUCAGUUCGUGCCGCCGCCUCGGCCACUCGGCCCCGGGGCCCGGACUUGCGGCGCGCGUCGGGGCGGAGGGCUGCUAUCGCCGCGCAGGGAGAGGCCCGGUCCUCGCCGCCGAGGGAUGUGAGUGGGAGCAGAACCCGCACGGGAGGGCCCCCGAGGGCCCAGCCUGGCGGUCGCUCGGACGCUUGCCCGCUCCAGGGGCUUCGAAGAUCGUGGCCGGGCGGAGGCGCCGGGUAGGAGCAGUCCCUGCGGCCUCGGGCCGCGUCCUCGUCGCCUGAUCCGUGCAGCGGGUUUCGGAAGCAGGCAAGGCAACAAGAUGUGAUCUGUUUCUCUUAUGCAGAAGAGGCCCUUCCUCCCCUUCCCGCGAAGAAAGAAGAAAAGGGCCGUCACCACUUUUGCUUUCACUGGAACCCUACAGACAGAGAUCCAGAAGGCGGACAUGGCAAAUGUUCUGAAAAAAGACUGUGCAUGGGAAUGGCAUGCCUUACAAUGACAGAAAUGGAAGGAACAUCCUCAUCUCCUGUACAUCAGAAUGGUGAUAUUCCUGGAAAUGCUAAUUCUGUGAAGCAAAUAGAUCCAGUCCUACAGGUCUAUCUUUAUCAUUCCCUUGGAAAAGCCGAGGGGGAUUAUCUGACGUUUCCAACUGGGGAGUAUGUUGCAGAAGAGAUUUGUGUUGCUGCUUCUAAAGCUUGUGGAAUCACACCUGUGUAUCAUAGUAUGUUUGCUUUAAUGAAUGAAACAGAAAGGAUGUGGUAUCCACCCAACCAUGUCUUCCAUAUAGAUGAAUCAACCAGGCACAGUGUACUCUACAGAGUCAGAUUUUACUUUCCUUACUGGUAUUGUAAUGGCAGCAACAGAACCUAUAGGCAUGGAAUAUCUCGAGGUGCUGAAGCUCCUCUUCUUGAUGACUUUGUCAUGUCUUACCUUUUUGCUCAGUGGCGGCAUGAUUUUUUGCAUGGAUGGAUAAAAGUACCUGUUACUCAUGAAACACAGGAAGAAUGUCUUGGGAUGGCAGUGUUAGAUAUGAUGAGAAUAGCCAAAGAAAAGGAUCAGACCCCCCUGGACAUCUAUAGCUCUGUCAGCUACAAGACAUUUUUACCAAAAUGUGUUCGAGCAAAGAUCCAAGACUAUCAUAUUUUGACAAGGAAACGAAUAAGGUACAGAUUUCGCAGAUUUAUUGAGCAAUUCAGCCAUUGCAAAGCCACUGCCAGAAACUUGAAACUUAAGUAUCUUAUAAAUCUGGAAACUCUUCAGUCUGCCUUCUACACAGAGCAAUUUGAAGUAAAAGAACCUGGAAGAGGUCCUUCAGGUGAGGAGAUUUUUGCAACCAUUAUAAUAACUGGAAACGGUGGAAUUCAGUGGUCAAGAGGGAAACAUAAAGAAAGUGAGACACUGACAGAACAGGAUUUACAGUUAUAUUGUGAUUUUCCUGAUAUUAUUGAUGUCAGUAUUAAACAAGCAAACCAAGAAGGCUCAAAUGAAAGCAGAAUUGUAACUAUUCAUAAGCAAGAUGGUAAAAGUCUAGAAAUUGAACUUAGGUCAUUAAAAGAAGCUUUGUCUUUUGUGUCGUUAAUUGAUGGAUAUUAUAGGUUAACUGCAGAUGCACAUCAUUAUCUUUGUAAAGAAGUAGCACCUCCAAUGGUGCUUGAAAAUAUACAAAGCAACUGUCAUGGCCCAAUUUCAAUGGAUUUUGCCAUCAGUAAACUGAAGAAAGCCGGUAAUCAGACUGGACUCUAUGUACUUCGAUGCAGUCCUAAGGACUUUAAUAAAUAUUUUCUGACUUUUGCUGUUGAGAGAGAAAACGUCAUUGAAUAUAAGCACUGUUUGAUUACAAAAAAUGAGAAUGGAGAAUACAACCUCAGUGGUACUAAGAAGAACUUCAGUAAUCUUAAAGAUCUUUUGAAUUGCUACCAGAUGGAAACUGUUCGCUCAGACAGUAUAAUUUUCCAGUUCACUAAAUGCUGUCCCCCAAAGCCGAAAGAUAAAUCAAACCUUCUAGUCUUCAGAACCAAUGGUAUUUCUGAUGUACCAACCUCACCAACAUUACAGAGGCAUAAUAAUGUGAACCAAAUGGUGUUCCACAAAAUCAGAAAUGAAGAUUUGAUAUUUCAUGAAAGCCUUGGCCAAGGAACUUUUACCAAAAUUUUUAAAGGUGUAAGAAGAGAAGUAGGAGACUAUGGUCAACUGCAUGAAACAGAAGUUCUUUUAAAAGUUCUGGAUAAAGCACAUAGAAACUAUUCAGAGUCUUUCUUUGAAGCAGCAAGCAUGAUGAGCCAGCUUUCUCACAAACAUCUGGUUUUAAAUUAUGGAGUAUGUGUCUGUGGAGAGGAGAAUAUUCUGGUUCAGGAGUUUGUAAAAUUUGGAUCACUAGAUAUAUAUCUGAAAAAGAAUAAAAAUUCUAUAAAUAUAUUAUGGAAACUUGAAGUGGCUAAACAGCUGGCAUGGGCCAUGCAUUUUCUAGAAGAAAAAACCCUUAUUCAUGGGAAUGUGUGCACCAAAAAUAUUCUUCUUAUCAGAGAAGAAGACAGGAAGACAGGAAAUCCUCCUUUCAUCAAACUUAGUGAUCCUGGCAUUAGUAUUACAGUUUUGCCAAAGGACAUUCUGCAGGAGAGAAUACCAUGGGUACCACCUGAAUGCAUUGAAAAUCCUAAAAAUCUAAAUUUGGCAACAGACAAAUGGAGUUUUGGUACCACUUUGUGGGAAAUCUGCAGUGGAGGAGAUAAGCCCCUGAGUGCUUUGGAUUCUCAAAGAAAACUACAGUUUUAUGAAAAUAGGCACCAGCUUCCUGCACCAAAGUGGACAGAAUUAGCAAAUCUUAUUAAUAAUUGUAUGGAUUACGAACCAGAUUUUAGGCCUUCUUUCAGAGCCAUCAUACGAGAUCUUAAUAGUUUGUUUACUCCAGAUUACGAACUAUUAACAGAAAAUGACAUGUUACCUAAUAUGAGAAUAGGUGCCCUAGGGUUUUCUGGUGCUUUUGAAGACCGAGACCCUACACAAUUUGAAGAGAGACACUUGAAAUUUCUACAGCAACUUGGCAAGGGUAAUUUUGGGAGUGUGGAGAUGUGCCGGUAUGACCCUCUACAAGACAACACUGGAGAGGUGGUGGCUGUGAAGAAGCUCCAGCACAGUACUGAAGAGCACCUCAGAGACUUUGAAAGGGAAAUUGAAAUCCUUAAAUCCUUGCAACAUGACAACAUUGUAAAGUACAAGGGAGUGUGCUACAGUGCUGGCCGGCGUAAUCUAAGAUUAAUUAUGGAAUAUUUACCAUAUGGAAGUUUACGAGACUAUCUCCAAAAACAUAAAGAACGGAUAGAUCAUAAAAAACUUCUUCAGUACACAUCUCAGAUAUGCAAGGGUAUGGAGUAUCUUGGUACAAAAAGGUACAUCCACAGGGAUCUGGCAACAAGGAAUAUAUUGGUGGAGAAUGAAAACAGAGUUAAAAUAGGAGAUUUUGGCUUAACCAAAGUCUUGCCACAAGGCAAAGAAUACUACAAAGUGAAAGAACCUGGUGAAAGUCCCAUAUUCUGGUAUGCACCAGAAUCACUGACAGAGAGCAAGUUUUCUGUGGCCUCAGAUGUUUGGAGCUUUGGAGUGGUUCUGUAUGAACUUUUCACAUAUAUUGAGAAGAGUAAAAGCCCACCAGCGGAAUUUAUGCGUAUGAUUGGCAAUGACAAACAAGGACAGAUGAUUGUGUUUCAUUUGAUAGAACUCCUGAAGAAUAAUGGAAGAUUACCAAGACCAGAUGGAUGCCCAGAUGAGAUUUAUGUAAUCAUGACAGAAUGCUGGAACAAUAAUGUAAACCAACGCCCCUCUUUCAGAGACCUAGCUCUUCGAGUUGAUCAAAUAAGAGACAGCAUGGCUGGAUGAAAGAAAUGAACUUCACUCUGAGACCAAAAUAGACUUACAGAACAAAGUGUUGUAUUUCACAUUACUGUGGACUGUUACUACAUAUAUCAUUAUUAUGUAUAUCAUGACUUUAGCCAGCAAAAGUGUGGAAAUAUCUGCUCAGAGCUUUCAAAGUUUAGUGAGUUUUUCUUCAUGAGGACACCAGCCAAAGACAUUGAUGAAAAGUCCUUAGCAAAGAGUUUUGUAAAAAGUUUUGUGAACCUAAUCAGUCAGUUAAUAUCACCUUUCUUUGGCAAAAGAAGAAAAUUAGACUUUUUUCAACUCAGAAUUAUGAGAGAUGAAAAAAUUGUAAAUGUUAAAUAUGCACAGAAUACGUAUGUACAGUUUUUACCACAGUGAAUGUAUAAUACCUUGGCAUCUUGUGUGAUGUUUUACACAAGGGCUGGUAUUCAUAAAUAAUGUUUUCUAAUUUUUCCAUAGUUGAUCUAUAAUAACUUCACUGUACAAAUUAAGAUGCUCAGAUAAUUGAAUAAGCACCUUUGUGUCCUUGUUCAUCUAUAUCACUGGCCAGCAAUAUAAGCAGGUGUAUACUUUUAGCUUGUUGUUCUAUGUACUGUAAAUAUUUUUCAAAGCAAAGGGAACAAAUGUUUAGUUUUAUUUGUAUAGGGAAUUUCCCUGACUCUAAAGAAUACAUUUUGAAAUGGAACAAGUUUACAAAGAUAUAACACAAUCUAUUUUCUCAUUUGUCUCCCUUGUAUCUGUUUGUGGCGAGUAUGUUUUUUAAAUAGAACUAUCUCCAGGUUUUUCUAAGACUACAGUGAACAGUUUUCUUUUAAAAUUUUGAGAUUACAAAUGCCAGGAAUAUUGUCAUCCCUUGAGCUACUGGCUGCCAAUAAGACUCUUCAAUCCCUGGGACCUAUAGUCAUGGAUUAAAUUUAAGUGUAAGCCAUAAAAUAGAUUGUUUUUCAUAUAUAUAAGCCUAUUAAGAUGCACAGUGGGUUAGGAAUUUUUUUCUAAAGAAUGUAUAUUUUAGGGAUUUCAGAAAUCUAUUGCCAUUAUAAAAGAGAUUUUCUUUUGUUAGAUUCUUACAUACAAGGGAGAAAUGAGAGUAAAUUGGUAAAAAAAAAAAAAGUAUGCUUGUUAAUUUUAUUCAAGAAUGCCAGUAGAAAAUUCAUAAUGUCUUGAAGAAAAAUCAGCAUUUUUCAACUAAGUAUACAGGGUCAUUUGUUACUGUUGUCAUUUGUUUUAGUGCUACUCCAUUUUAGACACCAUACCUAAAAUAUGGUGGGGUUUUUUGUCUGUGUGUUAUUUAUACAAAGUUUAAAAUACUUGGCAUUUUGGUUAAAAAGAAAAUAGUUUCUUUAUUUUCAAUGCUGUAUGCUUUUUUUUUUUUUUUAACUUGAACUUAAGACUUUUGAUUAUCUUUCUAUUUUUUGGAGCUGGUUUUAAAAUGAAUAUUAUAUAAGAAAAAAAUG